UUCCUUCCAUUGAUUUUUUCCUUUCUUCCUAAACAUCAUCCAUUUCUAGUCUUGGCACAGAACAGAACAGAAAGCCACUCCACUUUCUUUCUUGCUUUCUGUUUCUGUGCGGCCUUUUCUUUUAAGGGGAAAAAAAGAGAGUCUCGUACCCAACAUUUGUAAGUGUAACAUUUGCUUUCUUGCCCGUGACCCCAAAAAAAAAAAGAAAAAUUUAUUUGUUCACCCAGGGAAAAAAAAGGAUAUGGAGCACGUACAUGAAAAUGGAAAUGUCCAUCAUUCCAAUCGCUUCUGCGUCCAAGAUGAUCCCUUGAAUUGGAACGCGGCGGCGGAGUCAUUGAAGGGGAGCCAUUUGGAUGAAGUGAAGAAAAUGGUACGCGAAUAUCGGAAGCCACUAGUGAAGCUAGGUGGUGAAACGUUGACGGUAGCCCAGGUGGCAGCGGUGGCCGCAGUGCAUGCAGGUGGUGGUGGUGGUGGGACGGUGGUGGAGCUGUGUGAGUCGGCCAAGGCUGGUGUGAAGGCCAGCAGUGAGUGGGUGGUGGAGAGCAUGAACAAUGGUACAGACAGUUAUGGGGUCACAACUGGAUUUGGCGCCACUUCUCACAGGAGAACAAAACAGGGAACUGCUUUGCAGACUGAGCUGAUCAGGUUCUUGAAUGCUGGAAUUUUUGGAAAUGGAGCAGAGUCAGGUCACACGUUGCCACAUUCUGCAACAAGGGCUGCAAUGCUAGUAAGGAUCAACACCCUUCUACAGGGGUAUUCAGGGAUCAGAUUUGAGAUAUUAGAAGCUCUUACAAGGCUUCUCAAUCACAACGUCACUCCAUGUUUGCCUCUCCGCGGCACGAUCACUGCCUCUGGCGAUUUAGUUCCUUUGUCAUACAUUGCAGGACUGUUGACUGGCCGUCCUAAUUCUAGGUGUGUUGGGCCUAAUGGUCGGUCCCUUGAUGCCACGGAGGCAUUUCAGAUUGCUGGGAUAAAUUGCGGGUUCUUUGAGUUGCAGCCUAAGGAGGGUCUAGCACUGGUUAAUGGCACAGCUGUAGGGUCGGGUUUGGCCUCCAUGGUUCUGUUUGAGGCAAAUUUAUUGGUAAUCUUAUCUGAAGUUUUAUCAGCAAUUUUUGCUGAAGUUAUGCACGGGAAACCGGAGUUCAUUGAUCAUUUGAUGCAUAAACUGAAGCACCACCCUGGUCAGAUAGAAGCCGCAGCCAUAAUGGAACACAUUUUAGAUGGCAGUUCCUAUGUCAAGGCAGCAAAGGUUUUGCAUGAAACGGAUCCCCUCCAGAAGCCUAAACAGGAUAGAUAUGCACUGCGUACUUCACCACAGUGGCUAGGACCUCAAAUUGAAGUUAUUAGAUCAUCCACAAAAUCGAUUGAACGGGAGAUCAAUUCUGUCAAUGACAACCCUUUGAUUGACGUGUCGAGAAACAAAGCCUUGCAUGGAGGGAAUUUUCAGGGGACUCCAAUUGGUGUGUCAAUGGACAACACCAGAUUAGCUAUAGCGUCCAUAGGGAAACUCAUGUUUGCUCAAUUUUCUGAGCUCGUCAAUGAUUUCUACAAUAAUGGCUUGCCUUCUAAUCUAUCUGGAGGAAGAAAUCCUAGCUUGGAUUACGGGUUCAAAGGGGCCGAAAUUGCAAUGGCCGCCUAUUGUUCUGAGCUUCAAUUUUUGGCCAACCCUGUCACAAAUCAUGUACAGAGUGCCGAGCAACACAAUCAGGAUGUUAACUCUUUAGGAUUGAUUUCUUCUAGAAAAGCAGCUGAAGCAGUGGAUAUCUUGAAACUGAUGUCUUCAACUUACCUAGUGGCACUUUGUCAGGCAAUUGAUCUGAGGCAUUUGGAGGAAAAUUUGAAAAACGCUGUCAAGAACACAGUUCACCAAGUGGCUAAAAAGGUUCUGACCACAGGCAUCAAUGGGGAGCUUCAUCCUUCAAGAUUCUGUGAAAAAGAUUUACUUAAAGUGGUUGAGCGUGAAUACGUGUUUACAUAUAUAGAUGAUCCUUGCAGUGCAACUUAUCCACUGAUGCAAAAGCUAAGGCAAGUCCUUGUUGAUCAUGCCCUGAUCAACAAUGAUGACCUAAAUCCGAACACUUCGAUUUUCCUCAAAGUUGGAGCUUUUGAAGAAGAGCUGAAGACCCUUUUGCCAAUAGAAGUUGAAAGUGCAAGAAAUGCAUGUGAAAGUGGUAAUCCUGCAGUCCCAAAUAGGAUCAAGAAAUGCAGGUCUUACCCUUUAUACAAAUUUGUGAGGGAAGAUUUGGCGACUGGAUUCUUGACAGGAGAAAAGGCAAAGUCACCUGGAGAGGAAUUUGAUAAGGUUUUCUCCGCAAUUUGUGAUGGUAAGAUGGUCGAUCCAUUGCUCGAGUGUCUCAAAGAUUGGAAUGGUGCUCCGCUACCCUUGUGUUAGAUGCCACUCCACGGCACAUUGAGCAGAUUUUAGCUGUUGUACUCGGUGAAGACCGACAGAAGAGCAGGCUUCCUUAAGGAAUAUUUUGUUUUACUGUAGUAGCAAACUGUUUUUCUCUAUAUUUUUUUUUUGUCAAUUGUCACCGUCUACUCUUACUCCCAUCUAUUGUUUUUUUCUACCUUUUUGUCUCUCGUGAUUGAUGUACAGAUAAAUUAUUGUAAUUUGUUGGAAUUUCUUAGAUUUUGUGAGGAUUUUAA